GAGGGACAAGAGGGCCUGACGUACAGAUUAUAAGCGCCAUGGCUAUGGCCAGUGUUAAAUUGCUUGCUGGUGUUUUAAGAAAGCCAGAUGCCUGGAUUGGACUCUGGGGUGUUCUCCGAGGGACACCUGCGUCAUACAAACUCUGUACUUCCUGGAAUCGAUACUUGUAUUUUUCUAGUACCAAGUUACGUGCACCAAAUUAUAAAACACGUUUCCAUAAUAUUUUCUCACUGAGACUCCCAGGACUUUUACUAUCUCCAGAAUAUAUUUUUCCUUUUUCCAUAAGACUCAAAAGUAAUAUAAGCUCUACAAAAUCUACUAAAAAGUCUCUGCAUAAAGUAGAUGAAGAGGACUCUGAUGAAGAAAGCGAUCAUGAGGAGAUGAGUGAGCAGGAAGAGGAGCUUGAGGAUGACCCCACUGUAGUCAAAGACUAUAAAGACCUGGAAAAAGCAGUGCAGUCUUUUUGGUAUGAUGUUGUCUUGAAGACGGGGCUAGAUAUUGGGAGAAACAAAGUGGAAGAUGCAUUCUACAAAGGUGACCACAGGCUGAAUGAGGAAAAAUUAUGGAAGAAAAGCAGAACGGUGAAAGUGGGAGAUACAUUGGAUCUUCUCAUUGGAGAGGUUAAAGAAGCAGGAACAGAGACAGUUAUGAGGAUUCUCUUGAAAAAAGUGUUUGAAGAGAAGACUGAAAGUGAAAAAUACCGAGUGGUGUUAUGGUGGUGGAAAAGUUUAAAGUUGCCUAAGAAGAGAACAUCUAAAUAAAUAGAUUGCUUUUUAGCAAUAAAGCUGCUUUCU